AUGUGUGAGGCUGUCUUACGAGACUUCAGUCUCGGCUCCGUCAAGUGGCCUACGAAUGAAGAAGAAUCUAUGGGAGGCUAUGGAUCGGACGACGAGGUUAACGAGGAUAUGGCCGUAGGCAUUGAUCCAUAUACCUACAGAUAUAACUACCACGCUCAUGGCCAACCGCUCUUCUCAAAUGUGCACGAGCUCAUAUGGGAGCAUGCCACACCCGAGAUACUAUCAGUGACUUCCCCGUCAAUUCGUGUCCUGCGCCUUCCCGAAGACGUGCAUAGAAUGGAGAACGGUCGACAGACGUACGAAUACGGGUACCGCGUGCGGCGACACGCUUUCAAGCAAAUGCUUCCUGCUGUGCUGCAGGCCCUCCCCAGCCUCGAAGAGCUCGAACUCCGAAAGUUGGCGCACGAAGCAUUCUGGUAUCCGUUCUGGCAGUCGGUGCCUAGCGGCCGUUUCGGCCGCCCUGGCUGCAAUCUCGACCAUCCAUGGGCGCUAAUUACGCUCGAGAUCAAUAUGGUCGAACGCGGGGGUAUGCCUUGGAAUCUGAAGCGUCUCUUCCUCAAAGGGUGGACGACGGGGGCGGCGGCGGUCACCGACGCGAUAGUUGCGCCUGGACUGGAGGACGUGGAGAUAUGGUAUAAAGGGUUUCUGGAGGAAGGAGGUAACGAUGUAUUGGCGGUCGCGCUCCACGCGACCUUCGACACGCUGCGUCGCCGAAAUGCUGGGUCUCUACAGAAGCUUAGUCUAGUCGACAUCAGGUUCUCUCAACCUCUGUUUACCGGCAGGACGACAACUGCUACGCUGUUCCACCCGGUUGCUGGUCCGCUGCUCGCACUUCAACAUCUCCAAGACGUCGCGAUCGAGGAAGACACCUUUGAUAUCAAUGUCCCUGGCUUGGUAGCAGCAUGGCCCACAGUGCGGUCUCUCGACUUGCCAUGUCAAUAUCUUACAUUCGACUCGCUGCGUGAAAUCGCGCGUACAUGUCCUCAGCUCGAGUGUCUGAAAGUGUGGGCUCUAGAGGACGGGGAGGGCACUCUAGAUGACCUACGCUCCCAGGCCGCUCAGCAGCGCACUUCAAGUUGUUCCGACACGGACAGUGCUCCGGAUUCGGAGGCGACAGGGUGUGCGCUUCGAGAGUUGCACGUCGACGGAUCGCUCUACAUCGAGCACCGGUCUGACAUCAAUAUCAUCGCUCGCUUUCUGGACUCGCUUUUCCCUCAACUUGACGUUGGGCGCUCUUCGCAGCCCGUCGUCUUUGAUGGGGACGACCCGGAGGACGGCGCUGCAAUCAUGAAGGAAGUGACGAGGUUGCAACACGCACGACAGAACCAAGUGUAGGGCUCGUCUGGCCAUGGUGGCUGGUUCGCGAGAUGGGCACGAGCCCAAGGGGAUCCGCCACUGUACCAAGACGUACAUUUGCG